UAAAAGGAAGGCGUCCUACGCAGGAAGAAGCAUGUCGCACCAGCGAGCAAAUAUCUAAGCAAAUCCCUGCUGAACCACAGUGUUCUAUCCCAGAUCUGUGGUCCAUCUGCCCUAAGGACUUGAGCUGCACCUGUCUCAAAGGGAGCUACUUGCCUCGAGUCUCAUGCCUCUGUGCUUGCUGCUUCUGGUCUUCGCUCCUGUCGGAGUCCAGUCCGACUGGUUGAGCAUCAGCCUUCCACACCGUUCUUAUGAAGGAGACCAAGUAGUUAUAAGCUGCACAGGGAAAAAUAAUGGUGACAUAAAGAGACUGAAGUACUUCAAGGAUGGAUAUCACAUAGAAACUUACAGCAGUGCUUCAAGCUACACCAUUAGGAAUGCAAGACGCGGUGACAGUGGCUCCUAUUCCUGUAAGGCAGAUAGGAAAUUUUUCCUAUUUAUAGACACAACAGAAGAAACAGGAUCUAAGUGGCUGAAUGUCCAAGAGCUGUUUCCAGCACCUGGGCUGACAGCCAGCCCCCUGCAGCCCGUAGAGGGGAGUUCAGUGACCCUGUCCUGCAACACCUGGCUCCCUUCAGAUAGGGCAACGACCCAGCUACGCUAUUCCUUCUUCAAAGAUGGCCACACUUUGCAAUCGGGCUGGACCUCAUCAAAAUUUACCAUCUCAGCAAUAUCGAAGGAAGACUCAGGAAAUUACUGGUGUGAAGCAAUGACUGCCUCUCGCAGUGUCUCAAAGCAGAGUCACCGGUCCUACAUAGAUGUAGAGAGGAUCCCUGUAUCUCAAGUCACCAUGGAGAUCCAGCCUUCAAGAGGCUGGGGAGUUGAAGGGGAGCCACUGGUCGUUGAAGGGGAGCCCCUGGUCCUUGCUUGUUCUGUGGCUAAAGGCACUGGGCUAAUCACAUUCUCCUGGCAUAGGCAGGACACUAAGGAAAGUGUGGGGAAGAAAAGUCAGCGUUCCCAGAGAGUGGAGCUGGAGAUCCCUACUAUCAGGGAAAGCCAUGCUGGGGGGUACUACUGCACAGCAGACAACAACUACGGCCUGAUCCAGAGUGCAAUCGUGAACAUCACCGUGAAAAUUCCAGUGUUGAACCCGCUCCUCUCCAUCAGUGUUCCUGGGGUCUUGCCCUUCAUCGGAGAUGUGGCGGAGCUUCACUGUGAAGACAAGAGAGCAUCUCCUCCGGUUCUCUACUGGUUUUAUCAUGAAAAUAUCACUCUGGCUAACACCUCGGCACCUUUUGGAGGAAAGGCAUCCUUUAAGCUCUCUCUGACUGCAGGGCAUUCUGGGAACUACUCUUGUGAGGCUGAAAACGCCUGGGGUACCAAGCGCAGUGAGGUGGUAACGCUCAAUGUCACAGAGCCCCCACCCAAAGUGCGUUUGGUGAAUGGCCCCCACCACUGUGAAGGACGCGUAGAGGUUGAACAGGAAGGUCGCUGGGGCACUGUAUGUGAUGAUGGCUGGGACAUGAGGGAUGUGGCUGUGGUGUGCCGAGAGCUGGGCUGUGGAGCAGCCCAACACACACCUAUAGCCAUGCUGUAUCCACCAGCAGUUGAUGAAGCUCUGCCUGUGCUCAUUCAGGUAGCCCUGUGCAAUGGCACAGAAAAGACCCUGGCUGAAUGUGACCAGGUUGAGGCCUUUGAUUGUGGACAUGAUGAGGAUGCUGGAGCUGUGUGUGAAGUCUUACCCAGCACUUUCUGAAGAUCUAGAGACCAGAGACCAUCAGACCUCCUACUUUCUGCACUGGGCCUCACAGCCCUCACGGUCUGCAGCUCCCAGUGGACUUCCAGACUUCAGCUGUGGCUUAUCAUUCAAGAGGACUCAAAACUAUAUUAAUCUGCUCUGAGAUAAUGUUCCAAAAGCUCCAAAGAAAGCCCGAGUCCCUUGCCCCCAGAGGCCAAGCUUGGAAAAAUUGUUCCCCUGUCCAGGUUCCCUGCCUUUCUAGCUCCUUCUUGCUAUCUCCUUGGGCAGACGUGCGCAGAGGUGGCGCAAGUGAGGAUCACAUACAUGUGCCUGGGCUUCCAUCUGGUAGAAUGUGGUCUAACAAAGCACAUACAACAAAAGAAA